CAAAAUGGCUAACAACUCAACAACGGCUAUAGAAAUUGUCACAAAGUCUGACACGUUCGUCGCUGCGGCAGUGUUUGUCUCUAACGAGGCUUCCUACUACAUCGAGGUCACACUUGAUCUUGUCCUGGUCACCAUUCUCGCUUUCGUCGGCAUCGGUACCAACAUCAUUGACAUCGUCGUCUUCGGCCGUCAAGGGUUCAGAGACAGUGUAAACAUCAGCCUCUCGGCGAUAGCGACCAUGGACUUGAUUAAAUGCGUAACGGGGGCAGCGGCGAGGAUGAACGGAAUCCUAGGGUUGUUCUCAACUGCGCUGGCCGUGACGUGGAAAAACAUCUGUACCCCCACCUUGCUCUAUCUUCAGAUCUUUGUCGGCUACGUGUCCUACGUCAUGGCAGCCUACGUGGCUGUAGAGAGGUGUCUGUGUGUGAGUAUGCCGUUCAAGGUCAAGUCCCUUAUCACCCCGAAACUGACCUUCUGCAUGAUGGUGAUGAUCACUGUCGUUGUCAUGGGAUCGUUCUCUGUCGUCUUCUUUAUCUACCGCAUCGACUGGGUGUACAGCGACAAAUACGGCCAAACCAUUGCUAUCUAUGGCUACAGCGACUUCUACGAUCGCCACAACUUUGGCGUCAUGUGGUAUUACAAUCUCAUCGGCGUGAUCAAUCCAAUCCUAAGCUUCACAGUGAUGGUAGUUUGCACGGUUAUAAUUUUCUACCAUCUCAGAAAAGCCUCAAAGUUUAGACAGCAAAGCCAACAGGGAGGUCAAGAGAGUGGCAAAGGUGGAAGCGGAGACCAAGGAAUGUCUUCACGAGACAGACAAGUUAUCAAAAUGCUGCUUGUGGUGAUCAUCAUUUACAUCAUAAAUUUUGUUCCGCGAAUCUCAAUGUAUGUUGCAAAGUUAUUCGUUAAAGAGUAUUACUUCCUGAAAAGAUAUCACAAUAUUUUCAUGCUGUCCACGUAUACGCUGUUUGUCAUUGACUUCUUGAACGCUUCCAUGAACUUGUUCAUUUACCUCACAAUGAGCAGCAAUUUCAGGGCUACCUUCUUCUCCCUGUUCAUUGCUCGCAAGAAGGUGUAAGUCUUCACCUGUGUUCUGGGCAUGGCAAUACUAGUCUUGUCAAAACACGGAGAAGAAGAACGGAACUUCACUGAAACAUCUGGAGAUAAACAGAUAAUAAGACAAGCGUGCACCAUUCUCUGGUAUUUUUUUGCUGUUUUAAAUAUUAUUCAAAUAUUUCCCCCCUUCCCCCCUUUUGCGACUUACUCCCAUCAUAGCCUCUGUCCUUUCCCUUAAAUCACGCACAAAAUUACGAACAUACUAUUCAACGCUCACGAGACUAAAAUGGAAAUAAAAGCCAUGACAUACUUGUUUUUCUUUUUUACUUGAAUCUUUUGCCCCGCAUUACUCACGGUCUCUCUGUCUCUAGUGUAUCUUUUUGCACCCUGCCCCCCCCCCCCUUUCCAGCCUCCUCCCUCCGGAAUUCUAUUGCUUUAAAAUCUUCAGUAGAAUUAGUAUUAGCACGUGUUUCUUACAUGCAUUUUCUUGUCCUGCUGUUAUCGACAUUUACAAUCAAAACCGAUGGAACACUAUUCAAUGUAUACUCUGUUAAUUGGAAAUAAACCUCUGUAUGUACACAUCUAGUGCCUCACGCUUUCAAGUCAAUGACGGUAGAAUUUUCAUAAUAAUUUACGAAAAGAUGAAAGAUGGUUUUGUGGUAUUUGUAAAUGGGGAAAAUCUGUAGUGGUAUACACUUGAAACUAAGCGAAGACGAAAGACACCGGCAACAACUGGUGAUGGUAGCGUAGUGCACACCAUGUUGUUUGGAUGUCGCUUCGCUCUGUUGUCCCUAUUUGUUUCGCAUCGGUGUCGUUUCGUUUUGGCUACUUGGAUUUCUUGUUUGACGGAUAUCACUCAGGGCUGUCACUGUGACGUGCAGCGCGGUGGUCGGGACGUCUGACAUGGUAGCGUCUCCCUUCAAACAGACAGCUGUGACGUCACGUUAAGACGGCGACGGUACGUGAAGUGACCACAGUACAAGCUUAGUUAUCAAUUACACCUGGUGCUUACUGACUGUUUAAUUCAUUUGAUCCAGUUAGGGUCGGCCGGAUUUUUCUUCAUGGAGGGAAAAAACUACCAUUUUGGCACAAUACAACCGAUUUGACUCGUGUUUUUGAAAUGCAAACAUAUUUGAUUUUGAAGGUCACAUUC